GUUUGAACUCAAAUAGAAAUUCACAUUAACACAUUAAUAAACUCCAGCAUCAAAAUUAUUAGUACUUAAUACAUUAAGAUAUUCAUUAUUUGAUAUGUUAUACAAACUUAAUUUUACAGUAAAUUAUUUACAAAUAAAAAUUAAACAAGAUGAAAAAGAAAAUAAUACAACAGUUUACAGAAAACAACUAUUUGAAAAUUUAAAAAGCGGAAGAUACGUCUUGAAGACACAACGGGAAAAUGAAACGCAACAGAUCUCUCAUGAAAUGAAAAAUGAAAUUUCAAGAUAUUUCGAAUUAAAUAGGUUUAACUCAAGUUUUGAGAAAGGAAAAAAAUGUAUGUCUGUGAAAAAGAAAAGUUCAAGCAUAUUUUUUGAAAACAUAUUCGAAGAAUUGAAAUAUUGCAAUAGAGCCUUUUCGCAAUUACCUAAAAUAAAUUUUAAGCUAGACAAUAUCUUUGAGAUAUUUUAUUCAACGAACAUACCGCCCCUUAUAAAAACUAAAAAGAAUGUCAUUGUAGUAAUCGAAAAUGAUAAUUCAAAGAAAAGAAACGAGGGGAGGAUCACAUGUCCGGAAUGUUUGAAAGAAGAAACGUUUAAGGAAUUGAAGAGAAAAAUUUCAGCUAAAAUGAAAGAGGUGAUUUUACUAAUUAGAAAAAAAUUACUGAGGGGAUUGAAAAAGAAAAAAGAAAUGAUCAUCGAGGAGGGGCCGAAACCCUCCUUCUUGAUAAUGGACGAUUUAGUCGCCCCGUUUCCCGAGAUGGAAACUGAUCCAAUCCCUGUUUUCAGUUUCGCCGAAGGAAAGGCUCAAGAGAGGCGAAAAUGCAAGACAGAUACAGAGAAGAACGAAGGAUCAAAACAAAGUAGUCAAACUUCAACCGGUCAACAAAUGUUUUAUCCUUGUAGUAGAGAAAAUUUACUCAAGGCAAAUGGACAAGAAAAAUGUAGACCAAAUGAACAACAUAUAAGCCCACCUCCAUUGUGUCCAGAGGAAUGUUUAGAUUCUCCACAAAAUGUAGAAUUGAUUCCCAGAAAAAUAGAAAAUAAAGAUCCCAUUCCUAAAAUAAACUAUGAUAGAAAUAGUUUAGAAGUUCUUACAAGAAUGCCAGCAAACAGAGAAAAUAAAGGUUACAACAAAGGAAAAAAUAAUAUCCCCGUGACGAAACCUGAAAAAAAUAGUCCAGAAGUUAUCGACGAAGUUCAAGAUGUAUCUCUUUCAAAUCUAGACUUAUCAAAUCCUAGCGUUACCAUAAUACCUAUCUUAAAACCGAAAGAGAAAGGUAAAAGAAAUAUUAUAAUACGAUUAAAAAAUGUACCAGACACUGUCGACGUGAUAAAGAUAAGAUCAAUCAUGUCGAGUAUUUAUAACAAUUGCGAGACAAAAAAAUAUUCGAAUUAUUUUAUUAAAUCUCAGGAAAAACCUCUGCCCUACGAUAACCAAAUAAGCAAUCGGCUAAAAGUUCGAAAAACUAACGACAUGACUUGCCCCAAUAAGAUACCCAAGCCCUCUUCGAAAUUAAUACUUCCACAUUUGGAAGAACCGAAAAAUUACCCGAAUCGAAACCCAACUUGGAAGACGGCGCCCAAUCGAAUUACAAAUAAUUUAAGGUGCUAUAAGAAAAAUGACUUUUUCUAUGAUGAAUAAUGUAUUGUUUUCUGUAAAAAAAAAAAAUAAAAAAAACAGUUAUCAAUGUGUACAUAACAUUAAAUAUUUUACAAGAGGUUCACGUAUUGAUUUUCUAUAAAUUAUAACUAAUUUAUCUAUAUAUCUAAAAGAGAGAUAUCGCUCACAUACUUAUAAACCACUAUAUCUCAAAAACGUAUCCCGAAUGAGGCCAGUAAAGGUUCCUCCAUUUUCAUUGAUUCCACACUUACCUAUGCCUCAAGGUUUACAACUACUUUUACUAAUUCUCACCUCCUAGUCCUCAAAACCUACCUUUCAAGUAAGGCACUAAACUCUCCAAACAUUA